AUGUGUCUGGCUCAAAAUGGAGCCUCUCAAGCCUACACUGCUGUUGUUAGGAAGCCAAACAAGACACUCAUUGGAAACUCUCUUUUCAGGAAGAUCAAGGAACUUCUGUGGUGUACCGAGCAACUUCCACCCAAGCCUAAUGGAAUCACUCUCACAGCCAACACUCAGCACUUGACAACAAUGAUCAAAGGAAAGGCCAAGCACACCCAAGAGAACUUAGACACUGCAGGCUCUCCCUUUCUAUUCAACAACCCUGGCCAGCUGGUUACAGUGUAUGCUGACAACGUUUUAUGUCAGAUUGUUCAAGUUGGUAAGGGGGAAUCAGAAUUGAAAUCACCCAAAAUUAUUUGGCAUAAUACUGACAUGCUAUCCCGCACCCAGUUUGCAUAUCUUUUUUCAAAUUAUUAUGAAGAUAAGGCUACUUCCACAAUAUGGACUGAAGUAGACAAUCAAUUGGGCUAUUUAGUUUCAAAAGGGUGUCCAUAUACAGUUUGUUUUUACAAUCUGAUCUAUAAACGAGACUGCGGCAAAUUUGACAGUGGGUCUGUAAUUUAUGACAACAUCCCAAGAGCCAAACGUUCAUUUACGCUGCCUUUGAAUGACUGA